UGAUGUUCUUGUCACUUUCCUAACAAUUGAAUUUUUAUACGUUUUUCACGUGGUUUUAUAGUGAAUAUUAAGGUUCAUAAAUAUGUGUGUGAAUGGACGCUUGCUAUGUGAUGUUUUUCGGUAUCAAAGACUGUGAAAAUCCUCAUGAAUACAAUUAAUAGAGGAAAGCGGAGCUGCUAGGGAAUCCGAGAUCAAAUUUGAGAUUUAUUUUACAGGUGCGGUAAUACCACGAGGAAAAAUUUGGUGUUAAUUUGUGGAGUGGGGCGAGCGUCAGGACAGGAAAGAGAGUGGUCAAUAUGACUCCUAUUUUCCUCGUCCUGUUGGUGGCGAUCAACCCAAUAAUCGCGCAGAAUCAUGGUCCACCCCAAAUCCUGAUGAGGCCACGCUCGCAGCACGUGAAGACCGGAGGCAUUGCAAGUUUCUACUGCAGUGCCCAUGGUGCACCAACACCCCAAAUACACUGGCGCAAGAACGGCAAGAAAAUUACCUCAUCGCAGUCUCGAUACCAUACUAAAACGUACGCAAAUGGCUCGCUACUGAGGAUCGAUCCAGUCAGACCUCAAAGGGAUCAAACAAUAUGGGAAUGUGUUGCUGAGAAUGGAGUUGGGGAUGCUGUUACCGCUGUGGCUCAACUUACUGUCCACGAACCCGACAACUUGCCAGUUGGAUUUCCACUAAUCACUCAGGCCCCAACAACCAAGGUCGUGGAAAUGGGCCACAACGCCUUGUUAUCUUGCACAGCAGUUGGCUCACCGACCCCCAUAAUCUCCUGGAUCCGCAACAUGGUACCCAUCAACACAUCGAAUCCUCGAUACGUCGUCCUAGACUCCAGUGCCCUGCAGAUUGAAGCUUCGGAAGUGGAGGAUCAGGGACAGUACGAGUGUGUUGCUAAUAAUACCGCUGGCACUGAGUACUCCGGAGCCAUUCAGCUUUAUGUCAGAGUGAGGCGUCUCUCACCGAACUUUUCAAUCCGUCCACCCGCCGUUAGUGAGGUAAUGAUGGGAGCAUCACUCAAUCUGACCUGCGUUGCUGUGGGCGCCCCAAUGCCAUAUGUCAAGUGGAGAAAAGAGCCAGCUACCGAUAUGACUCCUGAUGACAAACUUCCCAUUGGCAAAAAUGUACUCAUGCUUUCGGAUAUUAAAGAGUCAGCGAAUUACACUUGCAUUGCUGCCAGCGAUCUUGGAGUCAUUGAGACUGUAUCAUCCGUUAGAGUUCAAUCCCUUCCUGGAGCACCUGAAAAUGUUCAGGUCUCGGAGAUUACAGCUACGUCUGUCAAACUCACGUGGUCCUAUAAACGUCCUGAUGAACUACAGUAUUACGUCAUUCAACAUAAGCCCAAACAAGCCAAUCAGGCAUUCGCAGAGAUAUCUGGGAUCACGACAAUGUACUAUCACAUUAGGAAUCUUAGCCCCUACACCGAAUACGAGCUCUAUGUAAUCGCUGUUAAUUCAAUUGGACGGGGUCCCCGAAGUCACCCUGUAUUUGUCACUACUGGUGAAACAAGUUCUAGACCGGGUUCAGCACCGCGUAAACUUCAAGUUCGCCCGCUGAGUUCAAGUACCAUGAUUAUACAGUGGGAAGAACCGGAAACGCCAAAUGGCCAAGUGACGGGCUACAAGGUUUAUUAUACGACUGAUUCCAAUCAGCCAAUGGCCUCGUGGCAUUCACAAGUUGUGAAUAAUAAUCAAUUGACCACGAUAUCUGAACUCAUACCCCACACAAUGUACACAAUACGCGUACAGGCACUCACUAGCGUUGGUCCCGGACCACUGAGCCAGCCGAUACAAAUAAAGACGCAACAAGGGGUGCCAAGCCAGCCGGAAAAUCUUUCGGUGGUCGAUAUUGGGGAAACCUCGGUGACGCUCCGUUGGAGCAAGCCAGCUCAUAGCGCUGAAAAUAUUCUCAGUUAUGAGCUAUACUGGAACGACACUUACGCCAAGGAGAAGCAUCAUCGCAGAAUACCAGUGACGGAGAACUACACUCUCACCGGUCUGUACCCGAACACACUCUACUACGUAUGGCUGGCAGCUAGGAGCCAAAGGGGCGAGGGUGCAACUACUAUACCGUAUGAAGUUCGCACCAAGCAGUACGAUGUCAAAAUGCCAGGGAAUCCUCAGGACGUCAAAGCAACAGCCAUAAAUUCAACAACCAUUAGAGUCGAGUGGAAACCACCACGUGUCAAGGACCAAAAUGGCGUAAUUCGAGGAUAUCAUGUGCAUGUACAGGAAGUUAGAGAAGAGGGCAAGGAUUUACUGAACGAACCGAUACGACGAGACGUCCAUGAAGAGGGGGUACUGGCAAUCAAUAUUACUGGCCUCCAGCCAGACACCAGCUACCACGUACAGGUUGCAGCGUUGACCAGAAAGGGCGAUGGGGAUCGUUCGCCGCCAGCGAAAGUUAGGACUCCCGGGGGAGUACCAAAUCGUCCACAAGUUAAUGUGAAAGUUAGCAAACUGGAUCCAAUAACACUGGAGCUUGAAUGGGCUAAGCCAACGCAAGCUGCUGGCCAAUUAAUUGGUUAUCGAGUGAAAUAUGGCAUUAAAAAUCACACACUAAAAGAAGAAAUAAUAAACAAUACUCAUCAGUACACUUAUAAGAUCAAGGAUGUCGAGCGUGGGGUACAUUAUGAAUUUCGGGUAGCUGGUGAGAAUGACAAUGGUGUAGGUCAGGAGACAGUGAAGUACUGGGUGAGUCCCGAGGGUGAGCCCACAGGACCCCCGACAAAUCUGUCAUAUCACUUCCAAACGCCCGAUAUUGUCUGUGUCACUUGGCAUCCACCGAGACGUGAGCACAGAAAUGGCCAGAUUAUUCAUUACGACGUUGAAUUUCACAAGAAGAAUGAUCACAGUGCGAUUGAGAGUAGAAAUACAACGCAAACAAGAGCAGUAUUCACUAAUUUGGAGGAAGCUACUGAGUACGUAUUUCACGUGAGAGCUCGCACGUCGCGGGGUCCUGGUCCAUAUUCGGAAAAAAUAACAAUUCUUACGGAGAAGGACAUUGGCCGAGCCCCCAUGGAUGUGAGAGCAAUAGCGACAUCAGAGUCCAACGUUGAAGUUUGGUGGGAGCCUGUACCAAAUCGUGACAAAAUCAUAGGCUACAAAAUUUUCUAUACAAUGACUGCUGUAGAAGAUUUGGACGAGUGGAAGCAAAAACUCGUUGGUAUGACCGAGGCCACGGACUUGGAGAAUUUAGAGCGUGACACUGAGUACGCUAUUGCAGUGGCUGCAAGGUACAAGGGCAGAAUGCUAGAUACAUUGGGAAGACUUAGUCAAAAGGUGACGGUUAAAGUUAAACCAGAGGAUGUACCCCUUAAUCUACGCGCUUCUGACACAUCAACACACUCAAUGACACUAUCAUGGACACCGCCGAUAAGACUGAACCCCAUAAACUACAAGGUAUCCUUUGACGCCGUUAAAGAGUUUGUUGAUUCUCAGGGAAUAACACAAAUGCAAAUAGUGCCUCGUAGAGUUAUAACUCUCGAUCCACAGGCAACUGCAACGACAAUCGAUGAACUACAGCCAUUUACAACUUACAAUGUUAACGUUAGUGCAGUACCACCAGACUCAUCGUACAAACCACCAGCUAAAAUAACUGUCACAACACAAAUGGCAGCACCAAAACCCAUGGUUAAACCAGAUUUUUAUGGUGUUGCUAAUGGUGAGACUAUACAAGUUAUCUUACCACAGGCAUCUGAGGAAUAUGGACCAAUUGCCUAUUACUACUUAAUCGUUGUGCCGGAGGAUAAGUCUACGGCUAACAAACAACCGGAUGAAUUUACCGAGGAUAUGAUUACGGGGAAGGGGGCUAAACACGAUAAGGAAACUGCGCCCUAUACUGCAGCUAAAUUCUCACAUAGAGCCAUUCCAUAUACAUUCCAUUUGGGGAGUAAUGAGGAGAUUGGAGGUUUUGUAAAUAAAAAAUUGGAGCCGAAGAAAAAGUACAGAAUAUUUGUGAGGGCUAUUGUCGAUACGCCUAAAAAGCACUUGUAUACAUCGUCGCCGUUCUCCGAGUAUCUUUCCCUGGACAUGAGAGAGGUACCACCUGGCGAACCACCAAGCAGACCAAAUCCCGAUAAUCCAGUUGAUGGUAAUCCAGAAAUUUCCGUAACAAACAGCGGUCAAGAGCCCGGUAUGGUGUGGGUAGUUGGUCCAAUAAUAGCAGCAUUAAUGGUCAGCGUUUGUCUCGUAUUACUAUUCGUUAUAAAAAAACGCAGACAGCCGUGCAAAGCACCAGAUCAGGCAGCUGUCACUAGGCCCCUCAUGGCAGCAGACAUAAGCUCAAACCACGCACCGUCAGAUCCAGUUGAGAUGAGACGACUAAACUUUCAAACUCCCGGCAUGAUAUCCCAUCCACCAAUUCCUAUCAGUGAACUUGGUAAUCACAUCGAACGUCUCAAGGCCAAUGACAAUCUUAAAUUUAGUCAGGAGUAUGAGUCUAUUGAACCGGGACAACAGUUUACGUGGGAUCACUCUAACAUGGAAGUUAAUACAUCGAAGAAUCGUUAUGCCAAUGUUAUCGCUUACGAUCAUUCGCGAGUCAUUUUACAAACAAUCGAUGGAAUUCCGGGCUCUGAUUACAUCAAUGCCAAUUACUGCGAUGGAUAUAGAAAGCAAAAUGCCUAUGUCGCAACGCAGGGCCCACUGCAGGAGACAUUUUCCGAUUUUUGGCGAAUGUGUUGGGAAUUAAGAACAAGUACAAUCGUGAUGAUGACAAAAUUGGAAGAACGUACGAGAAUAAAGUGCGAUCAAUACUGGCCGACUCGUGGCUCUGAAACUUACGGCCAAAUGACUAUUACUAUAAGUGACAUCCAGGAAUUGGCAACUUAUUGCAUCAGAACAUUCCAAGUUUGUAGAUCGGGCUAUUCCGAGAGACGGGAGAUUAAGCAAUUACAAUUCACAGCUUGGCCGGAUCACGGUGUGCCGGAGCAUCCUGCCCCAUUUCUGCAAUUUUUACGGCGGGUUAGAACUCUCAAUGUGCCAGACUCAGGACCCCUGGUUGUCCAUUGCAGCGCCGGUGUCGGUAGAACUGGUUGUUUCAUCGUUAUUGAUUCCAUGCUCGAGAGAAUAAAACAUGAAAAAAUGAUUGAUAUUUAUGGUCACGUAACGUGUCUACGUGCCCAACGUAAUUACAUGGUACAGACUGAGGAUCAGUACAUAUUCAUUCAUGAUGCACUGUUUGAAGCUGUGAUAUGUGGCAAUACCGAGGUACCAGCGCGCAGUUUGCAUUCCCAUAUUCAAAAACUUAUGCAACCUGAAUUGGAUAAUAUUACUGGUAUGGAGCUUGAAUUUAAAAAAUUAUCGAAUAUUAAGGCCGAUUCAACUCGAUUCAUAUCGGCUAAUUUACCAUGCAAUAAACACAAAAAUCGAUUGGUACACAUAUUGCCUUAUGAAUGUACAAGGGUAUGUCUGCAGCCUCAACGUAAUAUCGAGGGCUCGGAUUAUAUUAAUGCAAGUCUCAUCGAUGGUUAUCGUUAUCGUGGUGCAUACAUUGCCACUCAGGGACCGUUGAAUGAUACAACUGAUGAUUUUUGGCGUAUGCUUUGGGAGCAUAAUUCAACAAUAGUCGUUAUGCUGACUAAAUUGAAAGAAAUGGGAAGGGAAAAGUGUCAUCAGUAUUGGCCGUCUGAUCGGUCAAUUCGCUAUCAGUGUUUUGUUGUCGAUCCAAUUGCCGAAUACAACAUGCCCCAGUAUAUACUGAGAGAAUUUAAAGUGACUGAUGCACGUGAUGGUGCUAGUCGCACUGUCAGACAAUUUCAAUUUAUCGAUUGGCCAGAGCAGGGUGUACCAAAGUCGGGUGAUGGUUUUAUUGAUUUCAUUGGACAAGUGCAUAAAACUAAAGAACAGUUUGGACAGGACGGUCCUAUUACUGUGCAUUGCAGCGCUGGUGUUGGUAGAACCGGUGUUUUCAUCACACUCAGCAUUGUUCUCGAGCGUAUGCAGUAUGAGGGAGUUGUCGAUAUCUUCCAAACUGUUAGGAUACUUCGUACACAGCGUCCUGCUAUGGUUCAAACCGAGGACCAAUAUCAAUUUUGCUAUCGUGCAAGUUUGGAAUAUUUAGGAUCAUUCGAUCAUUAUGCCAACUGACAACCAGAAACACGCGAGUUCAGAGAACCAACGAGAGACCGGGGAGAGCGCCAUAUUAGGAGCCGGGAGAGUACUGGAGAAAGGGCAAAAGUGCGACGUGUUUGAAUAGAGAAGAAGAAUUCACCGAGAAUCAAGGAAGAACGGAAUAAAAAUUGAAAAUCACUCCUGACUACGAAAAUAUGGGGUUUCAUCUCUGAGUGAUGUCCCCACCCACUCCCCCCGCAAGGCAGCUCAUUUACUGGCAUAAUCGUUGUGUUUUGCAAACUCGCUAGAAGAGACAAUGAGUGAAUGGUAGUUAUUGCGUUUUUUAACUACUGUAUUUUGCAGUGUCAGACAGCUAAUGGUUGUAAUGAGAAUAGAAAACAAAAACAAAAAUGGGUAAUGAAAAUAAGUACUGUCUAUUGCUCGUGUGAUUUUCCGGCAGAUCGCAAUUACCAGAUGGAAAUUUUCAUUCUCGCUCAUUUGUAGAGUAUCGAGGAAUAACGCUGUAGGAAAAUUUUUACUCAAAUUAACAAUUUAAUAGGACAAAAAUUAAUUAAAACUAGCACAAAACAAUUUCCAAUUAGUUUAAAAGAGAAAUCGGUUGAUUAUGAAUGCCGAACUAAGACUGCCAUUUGGGAGCACGUGUCUGUCGGUUGCAAAAUGUAAAAUCCGAUGUUAUACAAUCCGAUGUCACGUGAUGGUUUCAGUUUAAUAUGCGCCUUACGAAUUUUUCAGAGUAAAAAUUAAAGAAAACAUAGGAAAUCAUCGGUCUUAAAUAUUUCUUCUGAGUUACGAAUAAUGUCGCAAUCAUUUAUUGUAAAUGCAUCAAAUUAGGUGAAAAUGGUAAAAAAAACUCGGCGGUAUUAUGUGUCUCAAUAUCAAUCGAGCUGGAACAUAUCGGAAUAUAAAGAAUCACUAUUGCAAUUUUGAGGUCUCCGUUUGAAAAGGAAGGAAAAAAAACAGAAUCAUACGAAAAUUUCUUGAGAAACAAUUACUCGCGCAUCUAUUAUAACGCGCUAUUAAUUUUAAGGUAGGCUGACGUUGAUAAUUAUUAUCCAACUUUUAAUCUACGUCCUCAUACCCAUUGUGCCGUUUUUCCACCAAUUAUCUUUGACUUUUAGGAAGAGGAGAAAAAACUUGGCAAAGAAAAUAUUUAUAAGCAUUCUGUCACGUCAAGAAAAUUUACAACUGGAAAGAGGCUUACUCACAGUUCCAAUACGUUGAAGAAUUGCGAAAUCAAAAAAUAGACUCGAUCCAGCGCUCGUAUUAUGCUCUACAAAAAAUACAAGAGAGAAAGUUGCCAAAUAGUGGCAAUUAUCAAGUAUCCUCAAAUCAACGUGUAUUUGACAAUCCCUGUUACUUUUUUUUCAGGGAAUCUUUAUAAUUGAACAACGUCAGAGUAAUGAAAAUUUCCGCUCACUGACAUGAAAAAAAACAUUUUUAAAAAAUUACGUACUGCCAAAAAUGACAAUUAUCGAAUGCUACAUUCUUUCCAAUCGUGCAAGAAGAACAUAUCGAUUGGAAACAAUUCUGAUUACACUACCAUUAAAAAAAAUUACCUAGCAACUAAGGCCGUUGUAAGUUUAGAGAUUAAGAGAUUUUAAUGCCAUUAGGUUUGAACCGAUGAAACAAAAACAAAAUGCGAACUUGAGGGAUGAAUGAACGUGAACGGUGCCUAUUAUGUAUGUUAUGGAAGGUGAAAAUUCCAUUCUGAGCGCAGCACAUGUCUGUGAAAAGAAAAUAAUUUGGAUAAGAGCACUGUAUGUUAAAAUGCACGCAAUGUUGUCCUGUGGCCCUUAUACCGCAAUGUACAAAGCUCCGACGUUAACUAAUCACUUACGUACCCUUCCUUAAUUAUUCAUUACUUUAUUCGAAGAAAAAAAACAAAUAUACGAUCGAUACACGGUAUGUCGAAGUGAAGUAAAAGAAAAAGAAAACUUGUUCAUUAUCUUAGUGACCUGACCAUUACUUUUAAUGCCAAUCCAAUUACAGGAAUUACCAAUCCUAGAUCUUUUGAUAUUCGAGAAUAAAAGUAAAACGAGAAGAAUAAAACUUUCGAACUCAUCAAAUAUUUCAAAAUAAUAUUGAAACCUUUUUAACAUCCUUUAGCCUGUACGGACAAUAAAUAAAUACUCAUUUAUAUUCCCCAAUUUUUGAAAUUUAUAUCGUAAGUUUAUUGCUGAUAUUUGCCAUGGGCUAUUGACAUUAAAAUUACCCGAGAAAUUUCAUGUACUCGAGAUUAUACGUUACUGGCUGCAUGAGAAAUAAUUUCCUGAAAUUGGCUUGGUGAUGCUUUUUGAACAAAACUAAACGCUUGAGAUUAAAGGAGUUGUACAUUGAAAUUUAUUUUUCUCCCAUGAUCCCAUGAAAUACUUCCAUUGAAAUUUCACUCAUUUGUUACCGUACCUUAAUAUUGCCCUAUAUAAGACUUGUCCUAUAAUUGAAGACCGUACCUAUUUUUAAAGAGUAAGGAAAAACUUGAAGCGGAAUUACAAGGGCCAGGAAUUUGCGACUAUGUGUACAUAAAUGCACCGUCUGUCAUUGGGUAGAAUCGAACACGAAUAAGAUAUAAGCAUUUAUUCUAAAAGUAUGAGAAUGAAGAAUCUAUAAUGAAAAUAACGAACGUGCGCAUAUUUUGACAGUCUAUCCAGGAUUAUGAGUGUUCGCAGAGUUGAAUGGAAAAAUGAAAGGGAAAAAAAUGACAGGUACAUUUUUUUUCAAUCUGUCACCUUCCCCCCUCCCUCCCAAUUUGACUCGUGACGUCUAGUUUUAUUUAAAACAAUUUUUUAUAUUUAAUAAAAUGGUCUUUUUUACAUAUUUUUUAUGAAAAAAAUUACUGCAUUUAAAAUGCUACGUGACUUAAGAAGGAAGAAGAAGAAAUUUAGUUUCUAGAUUUUCAACAAAACGGAAGCCGUCUUUUAAUGCGUAGCUAGACAAUUCGCUGAUUUAUUAGAAAAUUUAUUUUUUUAUGGCUCAAAUUAUUCAUUACUUAAUUUGUCUUAUUUGUAUUUUCAUGUUUCGCAUUAUUUGUCGUAUUAUAAAUAUUUUUAUUAUUUAAUAUCAAAAUCCACCAUGCGCCAAGGAAAUUGUUGCUUUGGAAGUUUAUUCUCAGCAGCAUUAAUUGAAAGUAUUUUUUCUCACGCGCAGCUAAAUAAAUUAUUUAAUUAUAUCAUUCGAAUAAUAAGUAAGUAGAGAAUUUCAUACAUUCCAACCCGUACUGGUGUCUGUAAAAUUCUUCGGUAAUUGUAAAUUCCAUGAAUUUUUACGUUACCGUACGAUUUUCAAUCCUUCGAAGCAACAAUUUCGAUCCCCCUUUAUUUAAAAAAUCACCCUCAGUAAAUUUUUCAUUUCUUUGAGUCUCGAGCCAUCUAAUGAACAUCUCAGAAUCGUGUUGCAGUAAAAAAAAUACCGCCAGAAGACACAAAUAUUAUUGUUAUUAUAGUUGCUGAAGACAAAUUCUAACUGUUCCAUUUCUCAACGAAUAUGAAUGCGUAAAAAAUUGAAUCAGAUUAAUUUUUUUUAAGCCGAAUGAACUUUCUCGUUAUGAAUGUAUAAUUUAGUAUGUAAAUUAUUAACAUUACUGAAUUUUUGUACCUUAAAUAAGAACAUAUUUCAGUGCAUAUUUUGAAUAAUUUUACAUCGUAAUUUUUUCGAAUCGAUAGGGAAAAAUGAAGAGUAAAAAAAACAGAGUAUAUAGAAGUUAGUGGUUUGUUGUAUUCUUGUUCUUAAAAAAAAUCGCACGAUAUUUACCUUCGGUACUCUGACAUGUCACUGGAUGUCCAUAAACCAUAUUUAGCCCAUAAAAGUGUUUUUCCAAAUGAAAUGGACAGCAUUUAAUAAAAUGUACAGUGAUAGCAGCAUUCGGAAAAAAGAAACAAAUUCACUUGAAAGAGAAAAAGAAUUUUAAAGGAGAAAAAAAAAAUUAAAUUAUGUCAAAUACUGAAGAACGUUGAGAGAAUGGGAAAUUAUUUUGUGAUACUUUCUUGCCAGAAAGAAUACAACAGGCUGAGGCAGAAAAAAAUAGUAAAUACAAUGUUACUAAUUGAUUAUUACAAACAAAUGAGAGAUAAAAAAACGGAAUAAUAAUUAUUGUGUAAUAGGAUGAUUCAGUGGACAAGGAGAAAUACCAUGUACAUUAUGUAUUGCCUUGUGGCAUAGAAUAGAAACUAACAAUGUAAAUUUU